UGUCGACUUUGCAGGUAAUUCUAGUACAGCGAUUGUCAAAUGAAAAUGUCAAAAGACUUUUCCCAUUUGCCGUGUGUCGCAAGCAUUUUUUUGUGGAUCGGUGAUAUUUUGUGAAAAUAUUUUUUAAAUCUCACUUUAACCUGCUGUGAAUAUAACAAUAAGUCCACUAUGAGUGGAAUCACAAGAGUUUCAUCAAUGUUUGUGCGAAAUGCCAGUCAAAUGUUGCGCGUUUCACCAAUCAUAUCUCGAAACAUACACUAUUCACAACGACAACAUAAUGCCAAAGUUAAUUCGGACGCGAUUUCCAAGGAAUAUCCAGUUGUAGACCAUGAAUUCGAUGCUAUUGUCGUUGGAGCUGGCGGAGCUGGUCUCAGAGCAGCUUUUGGUCUUGUAGCUGAAGGUUUCAAAACUGCAGUCAUCACCAAAUUGUUUCCAACUCGAUCACAUACAAUCGCAGCGCAAGGAGGAAUCAAUGCAGCUUUGGGUAACAUGGAACCGGAUGAUUGGAAAUGGCAUUGCUACGACACGGUGAAAGGAUCCGAUUGGUUGGGGGAUCAAGAUGCCAUUCAUUACAUGGCCCGAGAAGCACCGAAAGCUGUUAUCGAACUGGAAAAUUAUGGAAUGCCAUUUUCUCGCACAAAGGAUGGAAAAAUCUAUCAGCGCGCAUUUGGUGGACAGAGUUAUAACUAUGGCAAAGGUGGUCAGGCACAUCGAUGCUGUGCUGUAGCUGAUCGUACCGGACAUUCGCUUCUUCAUACAUUGUAUGGCCAAUCAUUGAACUAUGACUGUCAUUACUUUGUGGAAUAUUUUGCGUUAGAUUUGAUCUAUGAGGACAAUGUGUGCAAGGGUGUCAUUGCCAUUUGCAUUGAAGAUGGAUCAAUUCACAGAUUCCGAGCAAACAGUACUGUUCUAGCCACUGGAGGUUAUGGACGUGCGUAUUUCUCGUGUACAUCGGCUCACACAUGUACUGGAGAUGGAACCGCCAUGGUUAGUCGUCAGAAUCUUCCUUGCGAAGAUAUGGAGUUCGUACAGUUCCAUCCGACAGGAAUCUACGGAGCUGGCUGUCUUAUAACCGAAGGAUGUCGUGGUGAAGGUGGCUAUUUGAUUAACUCGAAAGGAGAACGCUUUAUGGAACGUUACGCACCGGUUGCCAAGGAUUUAGCAUCACGUGACGUUGUGUCCCGUUCAAUGACAAUAGAAAUUCGUGAAGGUCGUGGUAUUGGACCACACAAAGAUCAUGUGCAUCUUCAACUUCAUCAUUUGCCAGCAGAACAAUUGGCACAACGCUUGCCAGGUAUUUCUGAGACAGCCAUGAUUUUCGCUGGUGUUGAUGUAACACGAGAACCCAUCCCGGUUAUUCCAACGGUUCAUUACAAUAUGGGUGGCGUACCGACAAAUUAUCGAGGAGAAGCUCUAACAAUCGACAGCAACGGAAAAGAUACAAUCGUUCCGGGACUGUAUGCAGCAGGUGAAGCUGGUUGUUCAUCUGUACAUGGCGCCAAUCGACUUGGUGCAAAUUCACUGCUUGAUUUGGUAGUAUUCGGACGUGGUGUUGCCAAGACGAUUGCCGAGAAACACAGACCAGGAGAACGGGUGCCCGAAGUCAAAAGCAACGCUGGUGAAACGUCUGUAGGAAAUUUGGACAGAUUACGCUACAAAAAUGGUACUAUCAAAACGGCUGAUCUUCGACUUAAGAUGCAACGAUGCAUGCAAGAACACGCGGCUGUAUUCCGUGACGGUCCAGUACUUAAAGAAGGUGUCGAAAAAAUGAAGAAAAUUUACAAGGAAUUCGACGAUAUUGUUGUAAUCGAUAAGACCUUGGUAUGGAACUCAGAUCUGGUUGAAACGUUAGAGUUGCAAAACUUACUCAGCAAUGCUAUGGCCACUAUUGUCGGAGCUGAAAAUCGUAAGGAGUCACGAGGUGCACACGCUCGCGAAGAUUUCCAAACUCGACUCGAUGAAUAUGAUUACAGCAAACCACUUGAAGGACAAACAAAGAAACCGAUAACCGAACAUUGGCGUAAACAUACAUUGGCCUGGGUUGAACCGAGCGGCAAUGUACGCAUCGAUUACCGACCAGUUAUUGAUAAAACGCUAGACGAUGAAAUGAAGACUGUACCUCCAGCCAUUCGAUCGUAUUAAAUCAUCACGAGUAUUGUAUCGAUGAGCCAGUGAACGAAUUUUUUGUGUGGCUUUUUCCGUGUGGUGCUAACAAAAUAACAUUUCGGUUCAAUCAAAAUAAAAAUAAAAACAAUUUUGUUCCGAUUCAUCGGCAUAUUGCACCUCAAUUCUAUAAUUCUAUGUAUUUCAUUUGUCCAAGCAUAAAUCGAAAAAGAAUAAGUCAAUAAAAGCAGCGCUUUGCUGAAGUUUGUUAGAUUCUGUAUAAUAAAACACUUUGGCGUAUCAA